AUGCCCUUCUCCUGCAAGGCUGAGAAGACCGAAAUUAAAUCAACUCAUAAUCACAAUGAGAGCGCCGACGGAGAUGGAUACGACAGUUACCGCCCCUGUACCACGACCGGUGCAUACGAGUCAAAGCGAAGGCACUCGAAAUAUCAUCGCCUCGCCUCGCAGAAUCUCGGAUCCUUGAUGAUCUUGCCAAUGACUGGGUCAGUCCAGGCAGAGGCAAUGUGCUUUUUCAAGGAUAUUUCGAUCAAGCAUCUGAAUGAAUACCGUCCUUGCGAAACAUGGCGGAAGACCCUAAUGCUUUUCUCCCAAACAGUGCCAUCGGUGCGGCAUGCUGCCACUGCUCUGGCAAUGAUUCACCGGAAGUAUUUGGAUCACCAUUCCAACGAUAGGGUAUAUGAACCGUAUUUUUUGAAAGACAAGCUACUGGACAAGACUUCUUUGCUUCACUAUAACCGCGCUAUUCAACUUCUGCUGAACCCGAACAGUGGUGACAGCACUGAAAUAACAGCUUCGACCCUCUUUGUCUCUUACCUCUUUACCUGCUUUGAUCAUCUGGUCGGCGACGAUGUACAGGCAGUAAAGCACUUGCGCGGAGGUGUCGAGCUCUCACGCAACAUGGAAAACGCUACAAUGUACGACUAUACCUACCACGAUGGCCAACCUUCGGGAUUUCACGCGAUAAUCGGCCAGGUCACAAAACAGAUUCGCCGUCUCGAUAUGCAGGCCGGCAUGUUUUUGGUCGACUGGACUCCAGCCAACAUCCAAGAGCCAUUCACUUCCCAUCUUACACUCUUCGACAGUGCCUUUUGGUCACUCGAUCAAGCUGCCGAUCACCUCCAGAUUCUCGUUUCUCAGGUCAUGUGGCUGCGCAACACAGAACAACGAACUUCCCUCACGGCUACAAUGCCGCCUUCAGCUUCUUCACUCAAGGACACGCUCCUCGGGCAGUUGGAAACGUGGUCGAGUCUCUUCGAAAACUUCCUGGGAAGAGGUAACCACUCUGAGUCAAUCUUUGAAACUGACCGUCUCAUAUCACUCCUACGCUUACAACAUACUAUCGCAUGGAUCCUCCUCAGUAGUCACGGACCCGGAGGAGAAAUGGACUAUGACAAUUUCCUACCCCAGUUCCAGCAAUGUGUUGCAUUAGCGAGCGAGAUAGCGGCGGCGCAUCAGCGGUAUGCGGGGUCAUCAAUGUCGACUUUUACGCCGGAGAUCGGAAUUAUCCCCAUCCUCUACAUAAUCGGGGCCAAGUGCCGUCAUCCUAUUGUCCGCCGUGAGGUAUUAGGUAUUUUGCGGCGCCAAUUAACACGGGAGGCGUCUUGGGAUAGUGUCGCUACUGCUAGGGUGGUUGAGCAGGUAAUCGAAAUUGAAGAGGGUGUGGGUGGGGAAGGUCAAACGGUACACUGCAUGGAACAAAUCCCAAUAUGGCAGAGGAUCGAGGCGUUGUCCUUCACACAUGUACCAAGGGGACAGUCUGCAGCCAGGUUGGAUAUUGAGUAUACAUUCUGCGGCCAGGAGGGAACAAACAUCGAGUCGCUUGUGAUAGAACGAAUAGGGAGUAUUACCUAUCAUGUCAAAUAA